AUGGGUCUCGUCACAUUGAAAAACCUCCUCUUCGGCCGCACGCCGCCCCCGACGCGCGCCAAAACCGUCAACGGCCGCGCCGAGAGCACAAUGUCGGAUGAGACUAUCGUCGACAGCGGCGACCUCGAGAGGCAACCCCUGCUGCGGCCCAGCGACCGGACCGUCUCGACAGCGACCAUGGCGACGGCGACGUCAGAAACGUCCACCACAUCCACGAGAGUCUCGGAGAGCGACUCGCGCAGCUUCCGCCUCGACGCUCGCAUGAUUUCCGACGCCACUAUUGGACUGUCUGACGGCUUGACGGUGCCGUUUGCCCUCACGGCCGGUCUAUCAGCGCUGGGACAGACAAAGGUUGUCAUCUUUGGCGGUAUGGCAGAGUUGAUUGCCGGUGCUAUUUCAAUGGGUCUCGGUGGCUACCUUGGAGCCAAGAGCGAAGCUGCGUCCUACAAGGAAACCCGCAGCGAAUGCACCCGCCUAACCCAAGACGACCCGGCCAUGGCCCGCGCCCAGGUCCUCGAGGUUCUCGAACCUUACGACCUCCCCAAACAGACCCUCGAAGAUGUAACAGACCACCUCUCAACUUCGCCCCGGCUUAUCGACUUCCUCAUGCAAUUCCACCACUGCGAGCAGGAACCGGCCUCCAACCGCGCCUUCAUCUCCGCUCUCACCAUCGCCGCCGGCUACCUCCUCGGCGGUCUCAUCCCGCUAUUCCCCUACUUCUUCGUCCCAGCCGAGGACGUUUACCUGGCGCUCUACAUAUCCGUCGCUGUCAUGGCCGUCGCGCUGUUCGCUUUUGGCUACGUCAAGACGUGUAUCGUCUCGGGUUGGUCCGGUUUGCGGUGCGUGAGGCAGGCUGUUGUCGGCGGGUUGGAGAUGGUUGUCGUCGGUGGUGCGGCGGCGGGUGCGGCAAUGGGGUUGGUGAAAGCUUUUGAUCAGCUGGCGCAGUCUGAUGAUGUGUCUGCGGUGGUAGGAGGCACAGGAAAACUCGGACCGGGGGUUCAGCGUGGUACGCGGUUACACCAAGGGAACCAUAUUAUCCCAGAGUCGCCUUCCAGAUCGAGAAGAUGGUUAGGUCGCAGCGAUGCGAAGGAGGGCGGCGUCGGCGUCGAAGAUUUAUUCAAUACAUUGAUCAAGUACGGUGACUUGACCGCUGCCUCAGCCCUACUAGAGCUUGGUCAGGAGAUUCACUCUCUCGAUGCCUCCUGCACUGGACAGCAGUCGACUGCUGUGCCGAUGCUGAAAGUAAUUGUUUCUGGGAGUUCAUUGCCAUACAACUGCGCCUCUACAGACUAG